AUGGGAGUACACUCAGAGAGCACGAUUGUCUACGAGCCGGAUAGAAACGUGCUGCGAAGGAAAGAAUGGGAAAGGAGAAAUCAGGAGGCCCAGCAGGAGGAUGGCGCGUUUAACACGAGUUACUCCCUCUUCAGUGAACCGUACAAGACUAACAAGGGGGAUGAGCUCUCGAAUCGCAUCCAGAAUACGCUGGGCAACUAUGAUGAAAUGAAAGACUUGCUAACUGAUCGAUCAAACCAGAGCCACCUUGUUGGGGUUCCAAAACCUGGGGUUCCUCAGACGUCUCUCCCCAAGCCCGAUGACCAUCUUAUUGCAGACUCUAGACCACCGCCUCCUCCUCCCAUUUCCAGCACUACUUCUUCCACACCAGCAGCCCUAUCUGCCCAGCAGAGCAAAAGCACCACGAUGGGUUGGCAGAAGGCCGGGCACAACGCCGCUUCGGAUGGCCAGCAGAGAGCGAGCAAGCACGGGCACCGGUCGAUGGAGUCGCACAAGGGUGACUUCAAACUGGCGAACCAAAAAUCCAGUCUGGAGAAACUAAAACGCUAUGCAUCGAGUCCCACCUCCUCCUCCUCUUCCUCCAACACUGCCCAGCAAAGCUCACUGAGGGCCACGCUAGGAGACAACGUCAACAGAGUGCAGCAGCCGGCAAAGCUCAGUUGUAGCUCAGAAGGAGGAGCUCAAGCGCAAGAGAGGCCAGCAAAGCAUGGUGGUGGGCACUGCGUCCAAAACUUCCCGCCCUCUCUUGCUUCGAAGCCCAGUCUGGUUCAACAAAAACCAACAGCUUAUGUAAGGCCAAUGGACGGUCAAGACCAGGCUCCUGAUGAGUCUCCAAAGCUGAAGUUACCAGCAGAGACAACCAAGUCGUAUAGGGGAGUGCCUUCUAACAAGCCUGAUUCAGCCAGGACCAAGUCAAAGAUAGCCAAGUUCAGCAUUCCUAAGCAAGAAGAGGACAGUGGAACAGGAGAUAACAGCUGCAUUGAAGAAAUAUUGCGGGAGAUGACCCAUUCAUGGCCUCCACCACUGUCAGCUAUUCACACGCCAGGAAAGGCAGAACAAAGCAAGUUUCACUUCCCAAACAAGGAGUCACAACAGGGAUCUACAGGACACAGCAAUACAAGGAAAAGCGAUGUAGAGCCAAAGAGUCCAGAGAAAAGCGCAACCCAUACAUCAAUGCUAGAAGAUGACCUCAAGUUAAGCAGCGACGAAGAAGAGACUGACCAGCAGGCAGCACAGAGAUCUGCUCUCCGCGUUCUGUCUGACAGCUCCCUGGUGGUGCCGCAGUCCAACGCCCGAGCCGCAGGACUCUCCAGCAAGGGGUCGAGCAGCAGCAGCUCCAGUGAAUCCGAGACCAGCUCAGAGUCUGACUCAGAGAGCGAAAGCAGCUCCAGCGAGAGUGACGGCAGCAAGCCCUCGCAUUACUCCAGCCCAGAGGACAUGCCGUAUGAAACGCACUUAUACGAAAAUGUGAAUGACUCAAAAAGUGUGAUGGCUGCAGUGGUUUUCAUAGGUCAUGCCUUGAUGGGAUAUGGGAGAGGUCACACGUGGAUAAGGAACUCGUUGACUAGCUCAGAUAUAGCAAAGGAGCUGGAGGAACAGUUUUACACCCUGGUUCCUUUCGGUAGGAAUGAGCUCCUGUCUCCUCUGAAAGACAGUGAUGAGGUAAAGUCGCUGUGGGUCAACAUUGACUUGGCUCUUUUGUCCAGGAUUCCAGAGCGUUUGCCUGAAGAGCCACUGGCCAUGAGCGCCGGAGCAAACCAGGCGGCCAGCCUCCCGCAGGGUAGUAGUGCUGACCCCCCCGCAGAGAAGGGUUUACCGAAAUCUAGAAGGAAACGCAAGUGUGAGAAUGAGGAAGAGUGCAGAGACAUCAAGAAGACUCAUUUAGAGAAAGAAGGUUCUUCACGAUUAGCUGCCUCUGCCCAUAGCAUCACAACAGCAAAUCACUGCAAUAUGAAUGAAAAUAGCUUGGCAAUACCAAUAAAUAAAAAUGAGAAAAUGCUUCGGUCACCCGUCUCUCCCCUCUCUGAUGCAUCAAAACACAAAUACUCCAACGAUGAUUUAACUUCCUCCAGCAGACCUAAUGGCAGCAGUCUAUUACCUUCCAUCUCCUCCAGCAAAAAACAUAAGGGUGAAAUCCAGUCACAGCCACAUCCCGGAGACUUCAAUAAAGCAAUUCACAUCAAUUCAGAAAAUGUUCUUCUCUGCAAUAAGCCCCAGUCCCAAACAGAACCUUGGUCACCUCUGUCCAGCACACCCAGGGACUGCAGAAGGACAAAGCUUAUCUUUGAUGAUAUGCCACGCAAUGCAGAUUACUUUAUGCAGGAAGCUAAACGGAAGAAGCAUAAAGCAGAUGCAAUGGUGGAAAAGUUUGGAAAGGCAUUGAAUUAUGCAGAAGCAGCACUAUCGUUUAUUGAGUGUGGAAAUGCAAUGGAACAAGGCCCAAUGGAAUCUAAAUCCCCUUAUACAAUGUAUUCAGAAACAGUUGAACUCAUCAGGUAUGCAGUGAGACUAAAAACCCACUCAGGCCCCAACGCCACGCCAGAAGACAAACAGCUGGCAGCAUUAUGUUACCGCUGCCUGGCCCUUCUGUACUGGAGGAUGUUCCGACUCAAGAGAGACCAUGCGGUCAAGUAUUCGAAAGCGCUUAUUGAGUAUUUCAAGAAUUCAUCAAAAGCUGCCCAGAACCCAUCGCCUUGGGGUGCCAGUGGAAAGAGCACAGGAACUCCAUCACCCAUGUCCCCUAGCCCUUCUCCAGUCAGCUCUGUAGGAUCCCAGGGGAGCACAGGGGCCCCUUCCCCAUCUCCUAUCAUCAGCAUCCCUCAGCGCAUUCAUCAAAUGGCCGCCAACCAUGUCAGCAUCACCAACAGCAUCCUGCACAGCUAUGACUACUGGGAGAUGGCUGACAACCUGGCCAAGGAAAACAGAGAUUUUUUUAACGACUUGGAUGCGUUGAUGGGACCUAUCACCUUGCACAGCAGUAUGGAGCAUUUAGUUCAGUACACUCAACAAGGACUUCACUGGGUGCGGAACAGCGCUCACUUGUCAUAA